AUGUGCAUUGCCUCCAAAGCCUUUGACAACUUCAAGCAAAUGCAACAAGGCUUCAUGCUUCUCUUUCUCCCUCUCUCGACUAGCGUCAGCAUCCCUACGCCUACUUUCCUCCUCCAGCUCCAAUUCUCGUAUCUUGAGCUUGGUUUCAAGACCCUCAUUCUCGAGUUUUUGACGCUUAAGGGAAAUCUCGGCGAGGCGUAUUUCAUGGUCCUGAAUACUUUGAGUGGAUUGGCCCACUUUUAUACCUUCAAAGCUGGCCAAUUUUGCUUCUGCGAGUUCUACUUGUACUUCGGCAUCCUUGGCGCGUUUUUGGCCGGAUCUGAUACCAGAAAUUGA